GCGCGAGCCCGGGUCGAGGGGAAGAUUAACGGUCAGAAACAAUCCGCAGCCAUCUGCAGAAACCAUGGCAGAGCCCAGGGAAACGCAAAAAGAAGAUCCUACCACAGAGGAGACUUCAACAGAAAAUACAGAAGAUGCCAACCAUGACCCUCACUUUGAGCCAAUCGUAUCGCUCCCUGAGCAGGAAGUUAAAACGCUGGAAGAGGAUGAGGAGGAACUCUUUAAAAUGCGUGCAAAACUGUACCGGUUUGCUUCUGAGAACGAGCCUCCAGAGUGGAAGGAGAGGGGCACUGGGGACGUGAAGCUGUUGAGACACGCGGACAGGGGAACAAUCCGCCUGUUAAUGAGGAGAGACAAGACCCUGAAAAUCUGUGCAAACCACUACAUUUCUCCUGUGAUGGAAUUGAAGCCGAAUGCAGGUAGUGAUAGAGCCUGGGUUUGGAACACACAUGCUGACUUUGCAGACGAACAUCCCAAACCAGAACUCCUGGCUAUCCGGUUCCUUAAUGCAGAGAAUGCACAGAAAUUUAAAGCAAAGUUUGAUGACUGCAGGGAAGAAGUGAAGAAGUUUCAGCAAGGUAGUGACAGUGCUGACAAAGUGGCAAGUAAGCUGGAGGAGCUGUCUGUAAAGGAUGACAAGAAGACCAAUGAGUCAGGGGACAAGAAGGAUGAAGCAGCUUGCAAGAAAAAAGAUGGUGAAGAAGUGAAGGGGGAGGCAGAAGAGAAGUAAACCAUGCUCCGACCUUCCUCCAAUUCAGUAUUUCCUUUUUUGUUUAGGUUUUUUUUUUUGUUGUUUUUUUACAAUGAACUUUAUAAACAAACUGAAUUUGGACACUUGCAUUCAUUCCCCCCACCCCAGCCCCUAACCUUUUGCCCUCUCAGAUCAGAAGAGCUUGGAGACACUUCAGAGUAUCCAUUCCCCAGUCGUCAAUGUACUGUGCUGGUUUUUUUUCCAUAGUGGAAAUAAGUUAAUAUUAUGGUCAUCUGUAACUCGGAAGUAUCUAACAUGAUGUCUUACUGUGAAAUAAGGCUUGUGAUAUUGAUUCCCACAUUAGGUAGCGCGUUGUCUCCCCCCCCCCCCCCCCCCCCCCCCUUUGCUUGUUUAAAAACUAAAUACAAAUAAAAAAGGGGAACAAAAGCAUAUUUUCAUUGAGAAAUCACAGUUUGACUGAUGCAAGGUCUUCAGGUUACUGGUCAUUUCAGAUGUGGCUUAAGAUUGCAGCCUUGUGGCUUUAUGAAUUGGUGACUGGUCUUUUUUAGAAUUUGUUUAUUGAAAUGAUAACAUGCACUCUUCAGGAGAUGCACUCUUUUGUGCAGAAUAGCAAACAUAAGCCCCUUUCAUAGUGGCACUCCAGCCUUGGUCACAAUCUUGUGUAGUGUGAAACCACCUACCCAGGUUAACCCAGCUCCUAGCGAUCUACAUCCUACAUGACAGCCGCCGAAAUAACAAGCAGCCACACCUGCGUGAAGGUUUCACUUCUGCAAGGAAUGUUUUUGUUUAUUCUGUGUUGGCCAUAUUUUUGUUUCUUGAGACACCCCAUGAGCUAGAUUGCAGCAGGGCUGAAGAAACGUUUGCUCUAAUCCACACGUAUUGUUUGCUAGCAUGUGUCACCCAGGUCAUCCUGCUUAAUCAAGCAGUGUGAAAUCACAUAGCUGACCUGCAUGACACUGGGUCCUAACCUGGGUAGAGCAUGCCAGUGUGAAAGGGGCUGUAGUUAUUCAUGCAGGUGCCAGUGUGUCUCACAUCACUGGUUUCACUGACCCAUAUUUCCACUAUUCUUAGCCUACUGUAGGUGUGGUUGUCCAAGAUAGAUUAGUUAUAAUCUAUAUCUGCAAAUCAAGCUGUAAAUAUGCUUUCAGCUAUAAUAUCUUUCAAUAUCCUCAAAUGGAGAAUUAUUACCUGGUUAGAAAGCAAAUGCUUAUACUUCGCCCCCUCCCCCCACCUAAGUGAAAGCCAUGUGCUGUGUUCAGUUUGAUUAGUGAUUCAGUGCUUGCAGUAAGAUCGUAAUUGCAUAUUGGUUCAUUACAUUGGCAGCAUGUCUAACUGGAAUCUGGAAAGGCAAAUCCUUCUGGGGAUGAGGCAGUGCAUAGCUGCGGAGUAGAAAUGAGAGGGAGAGAAAUGGGACCCCUGGUGCUGACUGCAUGGCAGGGUAGUAACCAGCUCCAAGCAGUGGCUGUAUGGGGUGCCAAAGAGACUCCUCUGCUGGUGUGAGGGGGUGAACAGUGCAGCAAAACAAGAAUGUAUAAAGGCUUGAAAAGAUAUUAAAAGCAAAUAUUGGUACCAUGUCUAUAUUAAUUAUAACUUGUGCUUCCCUAUAUCUCCUGUAGAAUGAAUAGGAAGGAGCAGGUUAGGUGACGCAUGUACCAUUUCUUUACCAAACUUUACAGCAUUCUUGUGAGCACUUUAUUUUUUGACAGUGUGGAUAUGGUACUUGCAUAGCAAAUCACAUUGGAUGUUUAUUGAAGGUUUCUGUUCUGAAUCAUCUUGCUUGUUAUAGUGACAACGCGUUACAAAUGAUGUAAAAAAAAGGUUGAACAAAAUCAAAUGAAUUAAAAUAUAAUACUGACAAA